CUCAAGCAAGCAUCGACAUGAGGAGCCGGAUUUUGCAAGCACAGGAUGAGUUGAUUCAAGACGACUCGCCUGAAAUCACAGCUAUGAGAGAGGCUCUCGACCCAGGUGCGGACAUGCCUGCCAGUAAGAGAUCUGAAGCUAUUCUGGAGGCCAUUCGUGAUCACAAAGCACGAUUCUUCAGCAUACUUCCACUGCAUAUCCAGCAACCAAUAAGGCAGGCCUUCGAAGAGGAUGAGGACGAACACUAUGAAAAUCACCGGCAAAUCUUGAUCCAAAUGCUUCAAGGGACGCCGGUGAAUCAGGUGCUUGACAUUCUGCUGCAGUUAUCGCAAUUCAUGAUCUUCUGGGUUACAAUUCAUGAUGCCAUCAUGCCAGCAAUGCUCAGCGCUACUCUGCUCAGGUUGCCUCGCUACAAGUCGGCGAAACAGCUGGAAGGCGUGUGAGCCAUUCGAUCCAGGACGAAGUCUCCUAUAGUUGAUUCUAGGCUCCCUAAUUCUCUCAGCUUUGAAGAUUCAUGUGGAUCAGAUUGACGAGGAUUGGUGAGCAGCAGUGCUUCGGGAGCAAUUGAAAUUGAAGCGUUCCUUUCCUUCACAUGAGGAGCGGGUGUCCCGAUCGAGCGAUGGGAAGUCACAUUAGAUUUGCUUCCUAGAAAAGCGUUUCGACCUUUUCGCGGGAAAGAUGACUCUAUAAUCACAAGUCCAAACGGUCAUGCAGAUGAAGUCCGUGCGUCAGUCGCG